GGCAGCAUUGGCCCUUGUUUGGGAGUAAGAUGGAGAUGGAGCCUCCCCUUCCCACUCACCCCAAGAGCUGGAGCAUCCAUACCCGAUCCGAGAUCAUAUCCAAGUACCAGGUCAUGGAGCGGGUCGGGUCGGGAGCUUACGCCGACGUGUACCGUGGGCGUCGCCUCUCCGACGGCCUCACUGUGGCCCUCAAGGAAGUUCACGACUACCAGUCUGCCUUGCGAGAAAUCGAGGCCUUGCAGAUGCUGCAGGGUUUCCCAAACGUCGUCGUUUUGCACGAGCACUUCUGGCGCGAGGACGAGGACGCCGUCCUCGUAUUGGAGUACCUUAGCACCGACUUGGCCACCGUCAUCGGCGACGCCGCCAAGGCCAAGGCCCCUCUCCCUCUUGGGGAGAUCAAGCGCUGGAUGAUCCAGAUUCUUUGUGGUGUCGACGCGUGUCACCGUAACAUGGUCCUUCAUCGAGAUUUGAAGCCCUCUAAUCUCUUGAUUUCCGAUCACGGUGUCCUCAAGUUGGCGGAUUUUGGACAGGCAAGGAUACUUAUGGAGCCUGAAUUUGAUGCUAUGGAGGAGAACCCACCACUACAACCACAACCAUAUGAGCAUGAUGCUUGUAAUCAGGAAAGUUCACUCCAUCAUCCUGAAGCUUUUCCUCGGAUAGACAAUUUAAGCCAAGCUGGAUAUGGAAAUCAAGAGCAGGGAACCAUUUGUCAUGAAGAAUAUUUUAGAGUUUUAGAUGAGAUGAAAACAAAGAGCUCCGCCGAUGACAUUGAUAAGGAUACAAACAUACCUGAUGGAAAUACCUCUUGUCUUGCAACAUGCACAACAAGUGAUCUAGAUAACGAUCCUCUGAUAACUUCGUUUAGUUAUGAAGUGAGGGAGGGUGAAGGUAAGGAACUUGGUUGUCUCACAUCAUGUGUUGGAACUCGUUGGUUCAGGGCUCCUGAGCUGCUCUAUGGAUCCACGGACUAUGGUUUAGAGGUUGAUCUCUGGUCUUUAGGAUGUAUCUUUGCAGAGCUCUUAACUCUGAAGCCCUUAUUUCCUGGAACAGCUGAUAUUGAUCAGCUCAGCAUAAUUAUUAAUGUUUUGGGCAACCUUGAUGAGAAAGCUUGGCCUGGUUGUUCAAAACUUCCCGAUUACGGAAUAAUCUCGUUUAGUAAGGUAGAAAGACCUACUGGUCUUGAAGCCUGCCUGCCCAACCGCUCCCCUGAUGAAGUGUCUCUGGUCAAAAAACUUAUUUGUUAUGAUCCGGCCAGGAGAGCUACAGCGAUGGAGCUACUCCAUGACAAGUACUUUAACGAAGAACCUCUUCCUGUUCCUGUUUCUGAGCUACGAGUUCCUUUGACCAGAAAUGGAGAAGAUGAGGAUUCCCCUGGUGGGUUGCAUGAUAACAAUGACAUGGGUUCUGAUUCUGAUUUUGAUGAUUUUGGCCCUGUGAAUAUUACCAGAACUGGCACCGGUUUCUCCAUGCAGUUUCCUUGAGCUUAAAGAAUUAAAGUCCUUCUGCAGCUGUAGAGAUUAUUAUAAGGAGAGCCAAAUGCUACAUGUCCGGCUUCCCCCCCUAUCCCCAUUUCACUUUGAUACCUCAAUCAAAACUGGAAGAAAAUGGAAGGGCAAUACCGGAGCAAGCAUGAGUGUCAUGACUCCGUCAAUCUUUGCUUUGUUCUGUAUCGUGAUUAGGUAAAUAUAUUCUAUAUAUAUCAUUUGUCUGUGUUCCAAAUGGUGCAUCCUCUUAUGAGUGCUUUAGGCCCAACCUAGAGUCCAAUCCACCAUCUCAUUACAAGAUAAAGUAUCCUUGUCACUCAAUACUCUCCUCACUCUCUCACAGAGCAUAUUGCAUGGUUGUGAUAUGCAGCCCUCGCACCCAUGGUGUGGGGGGCUAACAGUUUUGGCAUCCAUUGCUGACACUGAAAUAUAAUACUCUUCCAUAAAACACUCACUCACACUUGUGGAGUUUUUGUUCAUUGUUCCACUCCUUUCUUGCAUUCUUUGAGCACUUUCCUGCAUCCUCUCACCAAAACCAAGCCACUUACACACACAUCCUCCUUUGUUCCGGUGUGUACACGGUUGCAAGAGCACGAUAACACCUUGACCGACAUGAUUUGAGUACUGAUCUUCUAUAGUAGUUGUUCAUCCCAAUUCGUAUAGAAACUUUGAUCUCCUCUCUUUAGGUUGAACAUCCACUCUCAGUCUCUCACCCACUACUCUGUAUCAGGUGGUAACUGAAAGUGAAUACCCGCUCUUGUGUAGCCGUGCAAUCUGUUUCUCAAAAUGAAUGCCUCUUGCUACGUAUGCAUGCCUAAAGUCAGUUGUAGAUUUUUGUCUACGAAGUUCUCUAUGUUCUUUAUAGUGAUUAUUGUUGUACUUGUACACGUCCGAUAAUUGUAAACAAUUCAUACUUUUAUUUUGAAGUUUAUCCUUGCCACCUAAUAGAGAGAGAGAGCAUGGAUUUAAUGGCUUCAGCGAGCUUUUAGGUGUGUCUAUUUAUUUAAUUGGAUAUGUUGAGUCCGAGAUAUUUGGACAGGACAGAAAUGUUGCUUCUGGGCUUCUCUGGUGAUGGUUUUUGGGGCUCCUCUUUUUAUACUGGUGACUAGAGAGUUGGUGGUGCAUCAAGGUUCCAACACCCAAGUGAAUGAGUAAGUGAACGAGAAUGGGUAUUGUGAAUAGGAAAAUGCUUAGCCGAGAAUUUGACCUACUCAUUAAAAUUCUCUAUAUUGCAAAAUAGCGUUUGAAGUUACGAGAAUCAAUUCUUCCAAUAGCCAAUGUUAUUUUGGUAAUUGUGGAAUUGCAAGAUAAGUUUUUCAGUUAGUAUAAUUUAUUCGCGAAAACUGAUGAAUUUUAA